AUGUCGAAAAGAAGGCUUACAGAGAUGGAAUACUCUAAGGAGCACACGUGCGGUGAGUUUAAAAACAAAAUAAAAUUUUUUUCAACUAAAAUUCUAGAAGUGCUUCGAGAAAAAGUUCACAAUUUCCGGCUGCAAAAGGAACAACAGCUAUAUCCGAUUUUUGAUCAAAUAAUGGAGCUAGAAUCUUUUAUAAACGGCAAAAUGAACGAGUUUGAGCGAGUUGGCGAUGAAGUCAUCGAGCUUCAGAAUUCUGGGGCUCCUGGACACGAAAUUGAAUGGAAGGUGAGGGUUUUAAUACUUGAAGUCUAGUUAAGUUUAGUUAAAAUGAAGUCGGAAGUCACAAAAUUUUCUUUUGAAUGAUCGACAAUAGUUUUUCUUUUCAUUCAGAGAAAUCAGAGAGAUUGCCUUCGGAACGAGUUGAACGCCUUGAGAGACAGGAAAAACAUAAGAGAACAAGAAUUGAGCCAAAAGCGGCAGGAAAUCGACCAACAAGUUCAAAUUCUCUUGCAAAAGUUGGAGCGCGGUGAAACCUUCUGA